CUGUCGUUGGUAUACAAUUGCCGCUUUUAUAGGGGAAAUUCGCCUGUUCGCCUUUUCUUUUAAGUUUUGCAAUUUGGUGCAGUACGAAAAUGGCUUUGUCUUAUGAGGAGCAAAUUUUGAAGGAGAAAAAACAGCUUCACAUGUCAGUGUUUGCACAAUGUAUAUCACCAGAUGGCAAGUACUUACUAGCGGGGAACAACUAUGGAACAAUUGCUGUCUUCAGUAUGCGUUGUGCAUUAUCGUCAGAUGCAAAUGAAAAUAGCAGGAAACCCAUCUUCACAUUCAAAGCCUUUGAUGGUGCCAUAUUUGCUCUGCAGUCUACCGAAAACUUUUUGAUCUGUGGUGGAAGUGGAGAUAUCAAAGCUUGGAAAUGGAAGGAUAUUCAACAGAAGGCACCAAGGGUAGCAUGGUCACUCUCUGUACCACAUUCAGCAAAUUUUGGAGCCGUAGAAACCAAUGGACUUGCAUAUAAUCGGCAGGACAACACUUUGUAUUCUGGUGGAGGUGACAGUGAAUUGCAUGUGUGGGACUUGGAGUCAGGUACAUGUAAGCAUUCGUAUACAGACCACACAGACUACAUCCAUGCUGUAGCAUUGUUUAAUACAUCAGCACAGGUUGCCUCGGGGUCUGAAGAUGGAACAGUCAGGAUAUGGGAUACUAGGACAUCAGGGGAACCCGUAGCUAUCCUAGAACCAAACAAACAUGAGGAAUGCAUCAAUAAUCCAAGAGAUAAAUGGAUAAGCUGUGUAGCGGUAGAUCCUGCAGAUGACUGGCUGAUCUGUGGUGGUGGACCAUCAUUAAGUCUUUGGCAUUUGAGAUCACUCUCUCCUACCACUAUUUUUGAAGCACCAAAAUGUCAGCCACAUGUAGUUCUUUAUCAUGAUGAUGCUGUAAUCUCAGCAGGGACGUCUCCAAAUAUCUAUCACUGGCACGUGAAUGGUGAUUCCAAACUUACCACACCUUGUACAGCUAUGGAUGUGUACAGUGUGGUCAUCAACACAGAGUCAGAAGCCAAUAAGGUACUGUGUGCUUCAGGGGCAAGUUCCAAGAUUGAUGUCUACACAAACUUUGGUUACAAGGCAUUCUCUUUGGACUUUUGCUGAUGACAACCAUACCUCACCUCUACCAUCCAUUGUAUCAUCAAGUUCUAAAAUUGCUCAUCAGCACACCAUUAUGCUUUCUGACUGUAGCAUUUUUAUGGCUUGAGCUUACAUUGAGGUUAUGUUCCGUUACCACUCGUCAAUGGCAAGUUCCAAAAUCACACAUGAGCAUACCAACAUAUUUACUGAUUGGACCCCCUUUUUUCUGGCUUGAGCUUGUGAAAUUAUUAUUUUGUCACCAUUGCCAAUUACUCAAACAAAGAGGAACAAGACAGAAUAUCUUUUUACAGGUAUUUGUAAAGAUUAUUGGAAAACAGUGUGCUCCCACUCCCCAAAACAUUCCUGUUUAUAUGGUCUUUAGUGCAGAUGUCCAUAAUGUGUAUGUUUGAAUGUUUGCAAUUGUAGACAUCCCAGUAACCCAAAGAUCAUAAGCCCUUUAUCCAGGGAAGUGGGAGUUCCCUUUCUUGAUGGUAGUGUUGAUUUUCAUGCUUGACUACAACAUAUGUAAUCACUUAUGCAACUUUACAAUCAGUCACCAAGCCAUGUGCCACGAGCAAAAUAUGUUUUAUCAAUAGACCAGUUCGGAGUUACCGCAUGGGCAAUUUUGGUCAAAUGACCUUUAAUUUCUUUCAUUAUGAUUGGCAGAUUUCAAAGCAAGAUACUAUUUAAGCCUGCCUUACAUAGACCAGGUGACUAGAAUAGCAAACCAAUGGACACUCUAUGAAGGUUUUAUUGCAUUUCUACUUUGAAUGCAUUAGCAUGUUCUUAUAACUAUGUACUUGGCCAACUGUGAAAUACCAGUCGCUAUCGUUCACGCAUGUCUUUUGUGGAUCCAAUGAAAAACCCAAUUCAAACGAAUAUAUGAAUAAUCAAGACAUCAAAGUUGGUGCUUAUCUCAUCGAAUAUUAAAUC